AUGAAUACUGCUCCCACAAAGAAGUUCUGCGGGAAGGUUGUAGCAAUUACCGGUGCUACAUCAGGAACCGGCUUCGCGUUGGCGGAGCCGCUGUACGAGCAAGGCGCAUCUCUUGCUGUCAGCGGCCGAAAUGCACAACGACUGGAAGUUCUUUCGCAAGCACUGAGCAAGCAGCAGAAUGUACCUGAACAGCGGUUCAUUGCAACCAUCGUCGACGUAGGAAAAGAAGCGGCACAGGUAGAUGCCUGGGUCGAGCAAAUAAUUUCGAUUUUCGGGAAGCUAGACUGCGCUGCGAAUGUCGCAGGUGGCUCAGCUGGGGAAAGUUUCUCUCUGGUGGCUGAGAAGAUGGACGAAGAGUUCGAAGCGGCCAUGGAUACGAAUCUUCGAGGAGUCAUCAACUGCAUGCGAGCUCAGAUCCCUCACUUAGGGAGGGGCUCUUCUGUAGUCAAUGUGAGCUCAGGCUCCGCCAUCAGAGGGAUUCUAGGCUUGAGUCUUUACUCGGCCGCCAAAGCCGGCGUAAACAAUCUCACGAAGACAGCGGCACAUGAAUACGGGCCUCAAGGCGUCAGGUUCAACGUGGUAAACCCAGGCCUCAUCUUGUCGCCCACCGUGCAAAAUCUGGGAUCAGAAUUUCCACGACGUCUUAUUGAAACCACUCCUUUGAGGCGUGCGGCCGAACCUGUGGAAAUUGCUCGAUCGGUGGCGUAUCUGCUAGGAGACGACUCCAGUUUCCAGACCGGUUGCAUCAUGAAUGUGGACGGAGGCUAUUUGACAGGAAUCGCGGCGUUCUGGGCCUAG